AUGUCGCAGGCUCAACUAAAACUUUUGAUCAAAAAGCAAACGAAUCAGAAUUUGGAGAAGCCCAUGACAAUACUAGAGCCGCCGAGGUUUAUACAGCAGCCGCCGAUGAGGGAGUUUGUCCAGCCGACGAAGGCGAAUGGGAAUUCGAAUGGGAAUGGCAAUGCGAUUGCGAAUGCCGUUUCCCCCAAGAAGCUGGCCAAGAUCGAGGUUCCUCCAAGAACCACUGGAACAGCUGCUGAAAAAGGUAGUGACAAGAUCGACGAGAUGGUGAUGAAAGAAGAGAAGAAGCAGUCGCCGCAGAAGGAGUAUCAAAAGGAGAUGGUGGAAGAUCAAAAGGAGAAGAAGCAGGAUCAAAAGGAAAUGGAAAAGUAUCAAAAGGAGAUGGAAAAGUAUGAAAAGGAGUUGCAGGAGGAUCAAAAGCAGAUCCCAGAUGACUUCAAGCCGAUGCAAGCGAUUUCAAAUCCAAAGGAUGAGGCCGUCGAGCAGGUGAACCAUGAGUACCAGGAUUUGCCCGGAUGCAGCAGCAGCUCAUCCUCCUGCAAAUGCGAUUCGAAUGAAGAAGUGGAGAUGCCCCUGCCCCUGGACAAUUUCCCCAGCCUCGAAUCGCUGCAGAGCAGUGCCUGGAAGUUCUUUUCCUAUCCCGAUUUCCAUCCAAUGGAGGAUGUAACACCGCAUUACAUGGGCAAUAAUCAAGAGCCUUUAACCGAAACCCUGGAUGUUAUGCCCCUGCCAUCCUACGAAGCUCCACCCUUGGAUUUGAGCAACUUGAGCCUGGCCUUUGAUAACUUCUCGCUGGCGGAUCUCUCGCCGGAGCAGGAGAUGAUGCAGGCGGAGCCCCACCGACCGCCCGGAUGCAGUAUCUUUGGUGCCCAUAUCUCGGCCACUGAUAAACUGACCGAGGGCCAGAAGAUUCUACUGCAGGCGGCCGUCACCCAGCCGGAUAUUCCACUGGAGGAUGCCCUUAUGGCCAUCGUACUGGAUCUUCGCCACGAGCGACUGAGUCAGGAGGCAGCGGCGGCGGCGGCGGCAGCAGCAUCGGCGACGACUUAUUCUUCAUAUCCCACCAAUGAUGCCCAGGGAUUUCCGAAUAUGCAUGAUUACUCGCAGGAUAGUUACUUCAGUUCAGGGUAUCCAGGAUCCCAGGAUCAAUCCCAGAACCAAUCGCAGUACCAUCAGAAUCAGCCGGACAAUAGUUACUAUAGUAACUACCAGAAUCAACCGGAAAGUAGUUACAACUUUCAGGCGGAAAACGCUUACCCAUUCCAGGGAUGGGAUUUCCCGGAAUUUCCCGGCUAUGAUCUUAAUCUCCCAACCAAUCCUCAAUCCCAAUCCCAAUCCCCGGAGAUGAUGAUGGAGAACUCGAUGGCCCAGCAGGCAGAGCAGCCCAUGCCUCCGCUUGCCUAUCCAAUGCAGCAGCAGCAGCAGUCGGAUUUUCUACCGAAUUUGAAUCAGCCGCAGGUGGAUAAUGAUGAUAUUAUACCGGACUUUAUUAGGGACUUCUGGCCGGAACUCCUGAUGUCGCCGGACUUAAACACCACCACCAGCGGCGCCUCCAGUAUGCUGUGA